UGAGGAAGAAGCAGAGGAAGUAAGAAUGGAAACAGCAAGGAUCCUGAGAAAUGCAAAACUCCCCCCCAGCAACAUAACGAGAAAAGAAAGACAGGCCAUCAAAGAUCUCAACUCAGAUCCUGAAAUCAUCAUUCUUCCAGCUGACAAGGGGAAUGCCACAGUAAUCAUGGAAACAAAACAAUACAAAGAAAAAAUCAGACAACUUCUAGAUCCCACAAUUUACAAGAAACUGAAACAAGACCCCACUAACAAAAUCACCAGAAAAACGAACACUCUAAUCAAGAACUCCUCCAUUAACUUUGACAUACGCCAACAGCUGUGCAAAUCAGAAGCCCUCCCACCCAGGCUUUACGGACUCCCCAAAAUCCACAAGGACUCCAUCCCACUCAGACCCAUUGUAAGUGCCAUUGGAUCGCCGACUUACAACCUGGCAAAAUUUCUGGCUACACAGCUACAAACCCACAUUGGGCUCACUGCACAUUAUAUCAAGGACUCUACACACUUUAUAGAAAAGAUCAGCAACCUCAAUCUAAGCACCAAGGACAUCCUGAUCAGCUUUGAUGUGGUGUCCCUUUUUACCAAAGUCCCAGUAGCUGACACCCUCACACUAAUCAAACAAAACUUCCCAGAAGACAUCACAGCCCUGUUUCACCAUUGCCUCACCACUAGCUACUUUCAGUGGGACACUGGAUUCUAUGAACAGAAGGAUGGAGUGGCCAUGGGGAGCCCUCUCAGCCCAGUAGUAGCAAAUUUCUAUAUGGAAUACUUUGAAAAACAGGCCCUUGAAACAGCACCAAAAAAGCCAACUGUUUGGUUCAGAUACGUAGAUGACACCUUCACAAUUUGGAGCCAUGGAGAGGAAGAACUCAGCAAGUUCCUGGACCAUCUUAACAGCAUCCACCCAAACAUCCAAUUCACCAUGGAAAAAGAAAAGGAAGGAAAACUGCCAUUUCUAGAUGUUCUGGUCAUCCGCAAACCCAAUCAACAAUUGGGCCACACAGUUUACAGAAAACCUACACACACAGAUAGAUACCUUCAUAAAAACUCCAACCAUCACCCAAGUCAAAAAAGGAGCACAAUCAAAGCCCUGACAGACCGUGCACAAAGAAUCUGCGAACCUCACCUCCUCCAAGGUGAACUCAACCACCUAAACUGGGCUCUACAGGCCAAUGGAUACUCCACCACAGACAUCAGAAGAGCUGCAAGGCCAAGAACAAGCCAUGAGAGUCAAGACAAAGAUCCACCCAGAGGAAAGGUGUUCUUACCAUACAUCAAGGGAACUACUGACCGCAUAGGGAAGCUGAUGAAGAAGCACAACCUACAAACUAUCUACAGACCCACGAAGAAAAUCCAACAAAUGCUACGGUCAGCGAAGGACAAGAGGGAUCCUCUCUCUUCUGCAGGAGUCUACCGGAUACCAUGCAGCUGUGGACAAGUCUACAUAGGGACCACCAAACGCAGCGCCCAAACAAGAGUCAAAGAACAUGAAAGGCACUGCAGACUAAUUCAACCAGAGAAAUCAGCCAUAGCAGAGCAUUUGAUGAACCAGCCUGGACACAGAAUACUAUUUGAGAACACAAAAAUGCUGGACCAUUCUAACAACUAUCAUGUCAGACUACACAGAGAAGCCAUUGAAAUCCACAAGCAUGUGGACAACUUCAACAGAAAGGAAGAAACCAUGAAAAUGAACAAAAUCUGGCUACCAGUAUUACAAAACUCAAAAAUCAGAACAGUAAAUAAAAAGCAAUACUCUGAAAACAGAGGGUUUCCAGACAUGAAUCAACCAAGGGCAGUUAACGACUCUAAACAAAGGAUGCCCCAGAGGCAGGAAGAAGACAGCAGAUAAGCUUUUCAAUGCUAAUUUAAGUGAUUAACUACACACAUUCACACUGACCUCUCUCACCCUAGACUUUCCACAGAUAUAUAUUAACCUCUUUGCUUAGUUUUCUCCAUACCUCACAACCUCUGAGGAUGCCUGCCAUAGAUGUGGGCGAAACGUCAGGAGAGAAUGCUUCUGGAACAUGGCCACACAGCCCGAAAGACAUACAACAACC